AUGUCCCUGGCAGCCCAACCCACCUCUGCACUGUCCUUACAUCCGUGCAGCCCAAACUGGGUUCCAACCAUCCCCAUGCCUCUGCAGUCCAACCCGCCACCCCACCGUCCCUGUAUCAGAGUGGGACAACCUGCCUCCCCACCAUCCCUGCACCCCAGCAGCCAAACCUUCCUCCCCACUGUCCCUGCACCCCAGCAGCCCAACCCGCCUCCCGACCAUCCCAUGCCCUACCAGCCAAACCCAACUCCCAACCGUCCCCAAGCCCCAACAGCCAAACCUGCAUCCCCACCAUCCCCGCAUCCCUGCGCCACAGAAGCCAAACCCAACUACCAACUGUCCCCGCACCCCAGCAGCCCACCCACCUCACUGCCAUCCCCACCGCCCUGCAGCCCUAGCCACCUCCCCACCGUCCCCGUGGCCCUGCAGCCCUGUCUUGCCAAGCCUGUUGUUAGAGCACCUCACGAGUGA